AGAGGUAUUCCUUUCUCUCUCUACAGUCACCCAACAACCACUUUGGGCGUGUGUUGAAAGACAAUAAGAACCCGAAAAACUCUCUCUCUAGGCCCUGCUUCUUCUCUCUAUGCGAAACUCCUCCAGUUUCGGUUGCAACAGUAAAAGGUUAUGAGCAGGUUGAAUGGCUGCUUCUUUGCUUAAUGAUGGUGGUUUCUAAAUGAGAAGAAGAGCGAGAGUCUUAUUGGGAGGGUGGUUGAAGGUAGAGAGAGAGAGCAGAAGCUAUGGAGAUGGAGCCACAGAUGAUGGCGGCUCUGAACCAGGCUUCUUCUGAUAUAGUCCAUGGCAUGGCUAAAGGAGCAGCUGCGAGGAUUCUGGUCUCUGAGCGCAAGGCUCUGCGCUUUCAACAAGACUUGGCAGCCACCAAAGAAGAGGCUCUCUCCAUGAUCCUUCGCUUCAAGCAAGCCAUGGUCUCCAAGAUUGCUGAAUCAGAGAGAGUGUCACUGGGACAGAGAAAAAGGAUUCAAGAACUCGAGGCUCAGCUCAAGGAUGCAAAUGACACUGUAAGUGAACUCAGGAUGAAGAUUUCAUCUGAAGGACUUGGCAAGAUCAGUGGGCCAUUGGAUGAGCAGACUUCGAAAGGAAAGGCUGCUCAAGCUAAAUGCAAUGAAGAAAUGCUUGGAACAUCAGUUUCCUAUUCACUCACUCUUGAUAGUAAUACCAAAGUGGCCAACUUUGACCCAAGGAUCACAGACGGCACCUUGUUAUGUAGGAAUUCAACCACUGAGACUUUAUUACAGGACAAUUCAACUGUGGCUGAUUGUGUUCAUCCCAAUGGCCCAGAUUUUGCUUCGAUAAUUAUGGGGAACAAGGAACCUGAGCUAUUCAAAAAUGGGUGCACACAACGAAUCCGUGCAUAUGAUCAAAAUUUUAUUGUAUCCAAACCCGGGGGGAACGACAAUAAAUGCUCCCAUUCUUUGAGUGAUGAAAUGGUACUCAAGGAGCAAGGGCAAAUCAAACCAGAGGUUAGCGUCACUUCCCCUUCAUUUCAGAACCCAACUCCACUCAUGGACUUAGAGAAGUCAGUACAAAGUCCUGAGAAAGGGAAAGCCAGAAAGUUCUUCCACAGGGUUUCUUCAAGAAGGCGAAAGGGACGGCGUAAUUAUGUCAAAAGUGCUCAUGUUGGGGCACUCUUUGAUCAAGUUGAGGCAGUUGAUGAAACUGCUUGCCCUCUUCCCUUGAAACCUUCUUCAUCCUCGCAAAGCAAUCUGAUUGCUUUCAAGGAUAACUUGGCUCAGGUUGUUAUUAAAGAGAGUGCAGAAGACUCAGCCUCCCAAUCUGAAAAAGAAAGGGAUUCUGUCGAAGAGGGUAAAGCAGAGGCACCUGUUAUGUCCAUUGAUGAUCUUGUGGAUCGAGCUGAGAAUGAGAAUUGUGAAUUGCUUGAUAACAAGAUUUUAAUUGAUGGGAAGACUAAUGAUUCUGGUAUUCCUACUGUGGACAAAUCUCUAAUGGAAACUAAAGAUCUUGAUGUUGUUUGCCCGGUGGAGAAUCAAGUUCCACCAAAGAUUUCUGAAUAUCAUAAUGAGGAAUCCAUUAAACCUGUUGAAGGUGGGAAUGAUAGGGUGCUAAAGUAUACCUUUCGGAGAAAGCGCAAGAAGAAAGACUUUGCUAUCGAGAAUGAAAUUAUACUCCAUGAAAGGAAGAGUAAUUCAAAAAAGACAAGGACCACAGAGAAGAAAUGCACUUUGCAGGUCCAGCCGAAGGCAAGGGAGUCCUCUCGUGACAAUCGGCGAUUGGCCCAGGUUGCUCGACAGCUCAUUUCUUUGUCCGAGAAAAAGUGGGGUUAGUGUGGCUCUUCUCUUAUGUCUGCUAUUAUCUUAUGUCGGACCAUAAAAUAAAGCAAUGCAGGUAUAUGAUAUAAAAAGGAUCCUCUGCGGUGCAGUAUGAGUUCUAUUGCUUUCUUGGAGGGCAUCCUAAUGUAUAUGUCUUGUGUAAAUCUUGGAAUGCCAUCCCUUCGGAUUCAGACUGAGUUUUCUUGGAAGAGUGUCUUGAGAAAUGUUUAGGGCUCUUUAAGUAAAUUAUAUCUAGGUAAGUUCCAAGUAAAUAUCGAUUUUGAGUUGGUCCCUCCUGCAAUUUUUGUUUCAUGUCCCUAAAGUUUAUAAGUUGCUGCUCUUCAGACUUUAGCAUCUCUGAUGCUAUUUGUAAUGAUAUGCAUAUUAGAUGUCUCGAGUAAAAUGAAAUGGGAGCACUCUUUAUUUGUUGAA